AUGGUCAUUGGCGGGGCGACCGACGCUAUGAAAUGUAGAUUGUUACCUUCAACGUUUAAAGGCGUGGCUAUGACUUGGUUUAUCAAACAACCUCCAUAUUCCAUUUCAAACUUCACUGAUUUGUCAACUAAGUUUUUAACACAGUUUUUGGCCAAUCAAGCACAAAAGGCAACCCCGACUGAUUUAUUCAAUAUUCGCCAACAGGUGGGCGAGCGUAUCAAAACAUACAUGACUCGAUUUAGCAGAGUUUCAGUGCAGUUAGAGGACGCCAGUCCGGAGGUAUGUGUGGCGGCCUUCAAAAAUGGGCUCAGGUGCGGCUCGUUGAACAAAGAUUUAACCAGAAGACCCACCAAAGACAUGAUGGAUUUGCGUGCACGGGUACAAGAAUUUAUCUUGGUUGAGCAGGACGAGCAAACUAAGAAGGAUAGAGACAACUGGCGGGCCCAACCAGAUGUUUCAGCUGAAAGGGGACGAGUUUCUAAGGAACAACGCCCCGCUCAAACACCGCGCCAACCAAGGCCCGCGCCUUACCGUUCAGGCAAACAGGGGCCACAAAGCAACACUUGGCAUCGCAACAGUCAACCUGCCUCGGCGAAUCAAGCGGCGCAGGGAGGAAAUGCUCCCGCUCAGGGUCAUCAAACCAAGUUGAAUGCCCUUCUCAGCGCAAUCCUGCGAGCAGUAGGGCAAACCAAUGUCGUCCAAUACCCGAGGCCACCUAGGCGACCUCCUGCGAACGUGGACACAACCAAGUGGUGUGAAUUCCAUAAGGCUAUGGGACACAAUACUGAUAAUUGUCGGACCCUGCGCAAGGAGAUUGAACGACUGAUCAAGGCGGGGCAUUUGUCUAACUUUGUCUUAGGAGAAAAUACACAAUCAGAGGCAGUCAAAACCACUGGCGGUGACUUGUCAAAAGGCAAGGAGGUAGUUGAGGAGUUGGGAGCACCCGCUGGGUCUUGCUCAUCAAUCGCUGGAGGAUUUGGCGGCGGGCGUUUAUCUAGCAAAGGAAGGAAAAGAUAUGUCGAGGCAGUAAACUCGGUGCACCAUGCUUACGAGGGGGAAUGUUGGCUGAACCACACUCCUAUUACUUUCUCGCCAAAAGAUUUUGAUCACGUGAUUUCGCAUGAUAACGAUCCAAUAGUGGUGACUCUGCGCGUGAAUAACUAUGUUACUAAGAAAGUUUUUCUGGACCAAGGCAGUUCUGCAGACAUCAUAUAUGGCGAUGCAUUUGAAAGAUUGGGAUUAAAGGAGUCAGAUUUAAAGCCAUAUACGGGGUGUUUGGUCGGAUUCACGGGCGAUUGGGCCAAAGUUCGAGGCUAUGUGGAAUUGGACACUGCUUUUGGCGAGGGGGAGUAUGUGAAGAAAUUCCAAGUAAAGUAUUUGGUUCUUCCAUGCAAGGCGACGUAUAAUGUGCUUCUUGGGCGCAAUACUUUGAACAAAAUAUGUGCAAUAAUCUCAACCGCCCACUUAACAAUAAAGUAUCCAGCUUGCAAUGGAAAGGUGGGGAUUUUGAGGGUGGAUCAAGAGGCCGCCCGGGCAUGUUACGCACAAAGUUUGGAACUUUAUGGUAAGAAGGCGGCCAAGGAAGCACAUCGCGUCACGGAAAUUUUUCCACAUGAAGAUUUUAAUUUGGAUCCCCGCGAUGAUUAA